AUGGCCUCGCAACAACAAACUCCGUUUAGCGUUGACCGCUAUGUGGUUAUCCACGUUGCGACCACCUGUGACGAGCACGGUGUCUAUGUCACCAAAGACUCUGCCGAGGUCAUCGAGCUUGGAUGGAUCCUGAUCGACGCCAAUUCGCUUGAAGAGCUCGCUCAUGAAAGUGUGCUUGUCAAGCCAGUCAACACACCCAUCACCCCCCUCUGCACGAGCCUGACCACCCUGACUUGGGAACAUGUCCGAAACGCGGGUACCUUUAGAGACGCUAUCACUAGAUUCGACACGUUCGCCAACGAGCACCUCACCAGCAAGAACCUCGAUUUCGUCUUUGUUACACUCGAUGCUUGGGACCUCCGCGUCCAGCUUCCACGCGAGGCCCGCGACAAGGCCGUCGUGCUACCCCCUUACCUGCAGCACUCGCGCACCUUCGAUCUCCGCACCGAGUACCAGCGCUGGCAGCAACGCCACCCAGAAUCGCUACCAUUCGGUCCGUCGAUGCUGUCCAAUAUCUGCGCUGCUCUCGAGGUGGAGCCCGUCCAGUCGAGCGCCCCUAUCAAGCACAAUUUGCCCUUCCAUCUACAGGCUCUCGCCCCUGCUUCGCCUCGCAGGGCUAUGGAGGAGGCAGUCACCCUGGCCCGCGUGCUCGGCGGCCUGAUCCGCAAGUCGCAGCCUCGGGGCGAGCAUCCCGAUGUCCUUACCAGACCUAUGGAUGCCCGCGCUGAUGUGCGGGCUUUCCUCUCUGAGCGCAGCAAGGUGCUGCACAUGUCCGGACUCCCUCACGACACCACUCAGUCCGAGCUCGAGAGCUGGUUCACUCAGUUUGGUGGCCGCCCCAUCGCUUUUUGGACCCUGCGUACCCCUGAGCAGCAUAAGCCCACGGGCACCGGCUUUGCCGUAUUUUCUUCCCACGAAGAGGCUGCCGAAAGUCUGUGCAUGAAUGGUCGCGCCCUCAACGAAAAGGCCAUCGAGGUCUCGCCUUCAUCCAGCCGUGUCCUCGACCGCGCUCAAGAUAUCCUAACCCCAUUUCCUCCGAGCAAGAACCGACCUCGUCCCGGCGACUGGACCUGCCCCUCUUGUGGCUUCUCAAAUUUCCAGCGCCGUACAGCAUGCUUUCGCUGCUCGUUCCCUGCCAUGGGUGCCGGCGGUGGCGGCGGCCACCAAGAGAUGGGCGGUGCGGGCGCCCCCGGUGGUUAUGGUUACGGCGGCGGUUACGGCCCGCCUCACAUGAUGGGUGGCCCCCCUCCUCACCAUGGCGGACACCACGGCCACAUGGGCCAUGGUGGUGGCCGCAUGGGCGGUAGCGGUGCUGUGCCUUUCCGUGCUGGUGACUGGAAGUGCGGCAACGAGGUCUGUGGCUACCACAACUUCGCCAAGAACGUUUGCUGCCUUCGCUGCGGUGCCAGCCGUGCUGGUGCUGCGGUCGUUGCCGACUCGGGCUACCCUGGCCCUGGCCCUGGCCCUGGCCCUGGUCCGUCCAUGGACAACACGUCCCAGUACAGCAUGAGCCAGAGCUCCAUGUCUGGCACCCCAGGUCCUGGAUCCGGUCCCUUUGCAUCGGGCGGCUCCUUUGGCGGCUCUGGUGCAGGCGGCUACAACCAGCACUUUGGAGGCCCCCCAAGUCACUUCCUUCCAGCUGGUAUUGGUGGCGCCGGUGGCAGUGGCUACCCAAGCUCACUUAACACCCAGGGCUUCGGCGCUGCCCCUGGCGCCCAUUCUGCUGGACCAUUCGACAGCCGUGCUGCUGAGGCUGCUUUCCAGUCGGCAUCAAAUGGCCCAGCCUCCGCGGGACCUUCGAACAACUUCUACGGCGCGAACAACGGCAACAAUAACGGCGGCGGCGGCAACCCCGAGAAUGACCCCUUCGCCUUCCUGUCUAGCGGCAUGGGCGGCCUGUCUGUCAGCGGUAACGACGCUCGCCAGAACGGCGGCGGCGGCCCCAGCAAAUCGCCCGCUUAA